GAACUCUGAUGGUAUUUCUGAUUUGCAUGAGGAAAUUGUUGCCCGCUUGACAAUAAUGUUGGACGAGCACAAUCAACUGGUUAAGUCGUUUCGUAUGGCUAGGGAAAGAAUUCAACAUCACGGCCAAAGUGAUAUCAAGAUUCGCCUAAUUGGAAGGAGAUACAGUGAUGGUAGAUUUUAUAACUUGCCAACAAGUUCUGAAGUUGCUGCCUUGGUCGUUGGAGAUUUUGAUCAAGCAAUGGGGGAAAGGGAUAUAUUGGUUGAAACAAAAAGUGGACGCCUACAGAGAAUCAAUGAACUUAACGCUUCCUACAUGGCUUUGCAAUAUCCACUUUUGUUGCCCUAUGGCGAGGAUGGGUACAGAGAAGACAUCCCAUUUUCUGAUCUGGGAGAAGUAAAAGAAGAUGGUCGAACAACUGUGAGUAUCAGAGAAUAUUUUGCUUUUCGGAUCCACGAUAGAAAUCACGAACCAUCUACCAUUCUUUCGGCCAGGAGACUCUUUCAACAGUUCAUAGUUGAUGCAUAUACCAUG